AUGGCUCCGUCGUCAAUUUUGCGAAAACUACUCGCUGAGCGCCUUCGCCUACCUCUUACCGAGGAAUCGGACGAGGAGACGCUUCGAAUGUACUUCAAAUCAAAACUCGAUCAGGCGCAGGUGUGUAAUUCAUGAAAAAAUAGGCGUUUUCCCACAAAAAUCGGUUUCGGACCAGAAAAAGUGAGAAAAUUGCACUUUUUACUGUGUUUCCGAUUUCCCCGCUGUUAUCCAGAAUUUUCCAUCAUAAACUGCCCAUUUUUUCAGCAAGAGGUAAAGGAGAAAGAGCAGAACAACCGGCGGCUGCAGGCGCGAAUGCAAGAGCUGAAUCAGAAGGUGCGUUCGCUGAAGGACGAGGUUCGGCAGCUGCACAAGCAGGCGGGGCACGUCGGAGAGGUCGUCCGCAUGAUCGACAUCUUCAAAGUGCUGGUGAAGGUGGCGCCGGAGGGCAAGUACGUGUGCGACAUCAGCAAAAGCGUCAAUAUCUUUGCACUGAAGCCGGGCGUCCGAGUGGGACUGCGCGCCGACAGCUACACGGUCAACAAGAUCCUGCCGAACAAGGUGGACCCGCUCGUUUCCCUUAUGAUGGUCGAGAAGGUGCCGGAUUCGACGUACGAGAUGGUCGGAGGCCUGGAUCAGCAGAUCAAAGAGAUCAAGGAGGUGAUCGAGCUGCCCGUCAAGCAUCCGGAGCUGUUCGACGCGCUCGGAAUCGCCCAACCGAAGGGAGUGCUGCUCUACGGACCGCCCGGCACCGGAAAGACGCUGUUGGCGCGCGCGGUCGCCCAUCACACCGAGUGCACGUUCAUUCGCGUCUCCGGAUCCGAACUCGUGCAGAAGUUCAUCGGAGAGGGCGCCCGCAUGGUCCGCGAGCUAUUCGUGAUGGCCCGCGAGCACGCGCCCUCGAUCAUCUUCAUGGACGAGAUCGACUCGAUCGGAUCGAGUCGGCUGGAGGGGUCCAGGGGCGGAGACUCGGAGGUGCAGAGGACCAUGCUCGAGCUGCUCAAUCAGCUAGACGGAUUCGAAGCCACCAAGAACAUUAAGGUGUGUGCAGGGGUGUUCAGAAUGGGCUAAAAUCAAAGUUUGAAGACAUUUUGUGAGUCUUUUUCUCCAUUUCACUGUUUCGUAGCCGUGAAAGCUCCAUAGCACUGGGAAUUUGGUUUCCCCUCUCAGAUCCGUUGAGGAUUGACAAUACCUCCCAGUUUUGUCGUUUUCCAUCAGAUUUUCCGCAACUUUUAGAAUUUUCUACCUGAAAAGCAGUAACAUCCUUCCUGAACGAAUUUGCCCGGGGAGAAAGCGAGAAAAUGGUCAAAUUCGGAGAGCAAUUAUACUUUUUCAAAUAAAAUAUGGUUCUCAAUUCCAGGUGAUCAUGGCCACGAACCGUAUCGACAUUCUCGACUCGGCUCUCUUGCGUCCGGGCCGCAUCGACCGUAAGAUCGAGUUUCCGGCUCCGGACGAGAAGGCGCGCGCGGACAUUUUGAAGAUCCACUCGCGCAAGAUGAAUCUGAUGCGCGGCAUCAACAUGAGCAAGAUCGCCGAACAGAUUCCGGGCGCGAGCGGCGCCGAAGUGAAGGCGGUGUGCACGGAAGCGGGCAUGUUCGCCCUCCGCGAACGGCGCAUCCACGUCACGCAGGAGGACUUUGAGAUGGCCGUCGGAAAGGUGAUGCAGAAGGACUCGGAGAAGAACAUGUCGAUCAAACAGUUGUGGAAGUGA